CUUCGACAGUAAAUGCACGUAUCGUCGACGUUGAACGCCGCCAACACAGCGGACAAACUACCAGUUGCUAUCUUCGUCUACGAAAAUCGAAGAAAGUUUCUUCUGAAGGAAAAGAAAUAUGAGGAAGCGUUGAAGUCCGUAAAGCAGGCCUUUGGCUUGGGCUUGAACCAAGAAAUUGUGCUGAAAACGAGCACGCUUGACGUGUGUCGAGACCGGCUGGUUGAUAUCGAUCCCAGCGCGUACCCACAUUUGUGGUCCGUUCUGGACGAGAUCGUCGUCUUCACACCAGACCAAACCACAAAGGAUGAACCCAUGACUCCAGUCCGUGUCCCCCGAGUGAGCACUGUGCAAGAGACAACUCGGACGAGCACUCGAACCUCGAUUUCAGGUUCGAGAGUAUCACUAGCGCGCCAGUCUGCCAGACCGUCCACCAGCUCUCGCCCAAGGCCGUCCCACACCCCCGCUCCGCAACCCCCGAUCCAUGAAGAGCACAUGGAGGAAAGCGCAGAUUCCCAAGAUCACCACGGAGAGAACUUUACGGAGGAGGCUGCUAUCGCUGACGAGCUCGACGCCGAACUUCUCGAGGAAGAAGGGGCUGCCACUGGCGCUAUGGAGGAGGAAGAAGAGGAAGAAGAAGCACCGCCUCCUGCUCCCAGCCGGGCAGCUACAGAACCCCGCACGCCACGUGCCACCAACCAGGAGCAGUCUACCGCCAAACGCCAACUGGCUGAAGAACUCUUCCCUGAAUCACCACCGCCCCCACCUUCGAAGAAGCUGCACGCUGCCAGCUCGGAAUCGCCUGUCAAGCAGGAACGCGCCUCAAGGGCCGAACCGUCGGCUUCGAUUCGCCCAACAUCCAGUGUUGCAAGUACGAUCGACGAGAACAGCCGGAUUGGCGUCAUGAUCAGUGGCCCGGAUGGUGAAAACCAAUCUGCUCAGUUCAAGAUGCGGGGAAGGCACACGAUUCAAAAGAUACUCAAGGCUGUCUGCCUGAGCUUCGAAAUGGAUUUGGCAAGCUCACAACUUUAUCUGGUCCGCGAAGUGUUCGACGAGGACGAUACCUUGGUCAACACUGAACUCGUGCUUUGCCCCAAGAACCAGACAGCUGCCCAAUGUGGUCUCUACAACGGGGCCAAGAUGGUGGUUCGCUCAGAGGACGACGAUGAAGACGAUUACGAGGAUGGGUACUAA